GGACACUCCAGGCUCCCACACACGUUAGAUGCACUGUGUAGGUUAGGUUACAGUUAGUUAUACUGGGUGGGUUUAUAUUAUUAAAGGGACAUUACCGGUUACAGUUGUCACACAAUGUGCAGAAUACUCCAUAUAACACGUUGUAUAAUACACACCCUGGCAGUAUCUCGGGUUGCUGAUUAUUACACACUAUGAAUGUGGUAGCCUCUGUAUAACAUUCUCUGUAUACAGGGCCAGGGUUCUCCUUCCUAUUUUUAUCUGGCAGCUGCAGGUUCAGUCUUGCCUAUUUUUGGCAGUGCGUCUCUCGUAGCUUUGUUUAUACAGAGUCCAUGGCAGCGUUACAUUGAGUGCUGGUCUGAGUGAUCAGAGGUUGUGCUCCAACACUGUAUAUCCAGCAUGAAUCCCACAGGUGCGGACUGUUGUUUUGGGGCAGUUAUAUCAGGCUGUUCCAGCUUCCUCUCCCAUUCCAGGUAUUUUUAACCCCACAGAUAAUAGGUCUGGGAGGUAUUGCAGGAUUAAAAGCAGUAGGGGGUACCAGGCAUGCAUAUCCAGAAUCAGUGCUGGGGAGGGACAGUAGGUGCUAAGGGUGUUAUGAGGAGGCAGUGAGAAUAGGGAGACAGUGUAAUGAGAGAAGUACAAAGGGAGCCUGGGGUACAUUGUGGGGGUGCCAGAGCUAUCACAAUAUAUAAUGAAGGGAGCCUGGCGUACAUUUGGGGGGGAUGCCAAAGCUAUCACAAUAUAUAAUGAAGGCAGCCUGGGGUACAUUGGGGGGUACCAGAGCUAUCACAAUAUAUAAUGAAGGCAGCCUGGGGUACAUUAGGGGGGUACCAGAGCUAUCACAAUAUACUCAAUGAAGGGGUCUGGGGUACACAUUGGGGGGUGCCAGCUAUCACGGUAUAUAAUGAAGGGAGCCUGGGGUACAUUGGGGGGGGGGAGUGCCAGGGCUUAACAUCAUAUGGUGGAACUAAAUCCCCAUAUUUAUUCUUAGAUAGGCGUUUUAUAGAAGCCUUCUUAGUUAUGAAUUUUUACAAGUCUGAGUGCGCCGUAACUAGAUUUUUCUGUCCGCUGGGUAAGUCAGUGUGUGUGUGUGUCCUGUCCGCUGGGUAAGUCAGUGUGUGUGUGUGUCCUGUCCGCUGGGUAAGUCAGUGUGUGUGUGUGUCCUGUCCGCUGGGUAAGUCAGUGUGUGUGUGUGUGUGUGUGUCCUGUCCGCUGGGUAAGUCAGUGUGUGUGUGUGUGUCUAUCCGUGGGUAGAAUCAGUGUGUGUGUGUGUGUGUCCUAUCCGCUGGGUAAGUCAGUGUGUGUGUGUGUGUCCUGUCAGCUGGGUAAGAAUCAGUGUGUGUGUGUGUGUGUGUCCUGUCCGCUAGGUAGAAGAUGGUGUGUGUGUGUGUGUGUGUGUGUGUCUGUCCAGCUGGAGUAGAGUCAGUGUGUGUGUGUGUGUGUGUGUGUGUGUCCUGUCCAUUUCGGGUAAAGUCCGGUGUGUGUGUGUGUGUGUGUGUGUCCUGUCUGCUGGGUAAGUCAGUGUGUGUGUGUGUCACAUCGCUGUUAAGUCAGUGUGUGUGUCCUGUCGCUGGGUAAGUCAGUGUGUGUGUGUCCUGUCGCUGGGUAAGUCAGUGUGUGUGUGUGUGUCCUGUCCGCUGGGUAGAGUCAAGUGUGUGUGUGUGUGUCUGUAUCCGCUGGGUAAAGUCAGUGUGUGUGUGUGUCCUGUCGCUGGGUAAGUCAGUGUGUGUAAGUCAGUGUGUGUCCUGUCCGCUGGGUAAGUCAGUGUGUGUCCUGUCCGCUGGGUAAGUCAGUGUGUGUCCUGUCCGCUGGGUAAGUCAGUGUGUGUCCUGUCCGCUGGGUAAGUCAGUGUGUGUCCUGUCCGCUGGGUAAGUCAGUGUGUGUCCUGUCCGCUGGGUAAGUCAGUGUGUGUCCUGUCUGCUGGGUAAGUCAGUGUGUGUCCUGUCCGCUGGGUAAGUCAGUGUGUGUCCUGUCCGCUGGGUAAGUCAGUGUGUGUCCUGUCCGCUGGGUAAGUCAGUGUGUGUCCUGUCCGCUGGGUAAGUCAGUGUGUGUCCUGUCCUCUGGGUAAGUCAGUGUGUGUCCUGUCCUCUGGGUAAGUCAGUGUGUGUCCUGUCCGCUGGGUAUGUCAGUGUGUGUGUGUGUGUCUUAUCUGCUGGGUAAGUCAGUGCUGGGUAGCUCAGUGUACACUGCCAGUUUUUUUUUUUUUUUUUUCUGUGUCCUGACUUAUUUCUCUGUUCACAGUGAUAGUGGAGAGGACUCAUUGGACACUCUGCUUACUCGCCUACCCCUGACUCCUUCAUUGUCCCCUCGCAAGCGGACAACCAGUCAGAGCAAGACUGAGCCACCAUUACUACGCACCAGCAAGAGGACUAUUUAUACUGCUGGCCGCCCUCCAUGGUACAAUGAAUCUGGAACCCCGUUCAAGGAGGCGUUUGUUAUAGGUACAGCCACAUCAUGUAAAUUAAUGUUAAUUUCCCUUGCCCUACGUAGUGGUAUCAACCUGCGUGAUUAUUCACAUUUCAGGUUUAUGUGGUGGGAGUGCAUCAGGGAAAACCACUGUAGCUAACAAGAUUAUUGAGGCUUUGGAUGUUCCAUGGGUCGUCCUUCUGUCAAUGGACUGCUUCUACAAGGUGUGUAGCUUGCAUAUCUCAUCUGGUCCUUCCCACUGUCUACCAUUGCUUACUCCCAUCUUCUCUGUUCCUCCCCACUCUCUCAUAUCUUAGCUAGUCCUCCCUUUUGUCUACCAUUUCUGCUGGUCCUUCUCACUGCCUACCACCACUCUCUCAUCUCCGCUAGUCCUUCCCACGGUCUACCACCUCUCUCUUCCAACUCCGCUGGUUCUCCCAACUGCCUAUCACUGCUCUCUUUAUUUCCACUGGGCCUUCCCGGUGUUUGCAACCAUUUUCUCCACUCUCUGUUACACCUCAUUCCAAUCCCAAAUUGGCCUCCUCACUUAUGGGCCUUCCACAGCUCCUUCCACUUCCCGCAGGGCUUCUUUACUGCCGGCCACUGCGCCUUCCCAUUCCCUCAGGGCCAUCCCACUGGCAGCUGCUGCUGCUCCCUUCAUCCCGCCUUGCAUUUAGUGAUCACUGCCUAUACCUCACUUAUGUCUAUUUACACUUCCAUUGUGAUGCUGUCUAUGAUUAGAUCCUCAGUAAGGAGGAGCAGGAACUGGCUGCCAGGAAUGAAUAUAACUUUGAUCAUCCUGAUGCGUUUGACUUUGAUCUCCUGGUAAACGUUCUUCGGAAACUAAAGAAAGGGAAGAGUGUGAAAGUGCCAGUGUAUGAUUUUACCACGCACAGCCGUAGGAAAGAAUGGGUAAGUACACUUUAUGUAAGUAACCUACCAUGACACCCCAGCUCCCAAGUGGGGUCGAAUGCGCGUCCAGAUCCGAUGGGGACCUUUUUUGAUGCUGUACUCUGUGGGGACGCCCAGCGUCUUCUCAUUGUGAUUUUCUCAGUUUAAAUCGCGGAAGCGCCUCUAGUGGCUGUCAGGUAGACAGCCACUAGAGGCUGGAUUAACCCUCAGCACUCUGGUAUAUGUUGGUACUUGUUUAACUCUGCACUCCUGAUUCGCUUUUAUAAGUAAUGUGUGUUGAGUGCCUGACAUGGGACUGUUUAGUUUAUUGAUACUCCACAGCAUCAUUUGGUGUGUGUGUGUGCGCGUGCGCAGCAUCAUUUGGUGUGUGUGUGUGCGCGCGUGCGUAGCAUCAUUUGGUGUGUGUGCGCGCGCAGCAUCAUUUGGUGUGUGUGUGCGCGCGCAGCAUCAUUUGGUGUGUGUGUGCGCGCGCAGCAUCAUUCGGUGUGUGUGCGCGCGCGCAGCAUCAUUCGGUGUGUGUGUGCGCGCGCGCAGCAUCAUUCGGUGUGUGUGUGCGCGCGCGCAUCGUCGUUCGGUGUGCGCGCGCGCAUCGUCGUUCGGUGCGCGCGCGCGCAUCGUCGUUCGGUGCGCGCGCGCGCAUCGUCGUUCGGUGCGCGCGCGCGCAUCGUCGUUCGGUGCGCGCGCGCGCAUCGUCGUUCGGUGCGCGCGCGCAUCGUCGUUCGGUGUGCGCGCGCGCGCAUCGUCGUUCGGUGUGCGCGCGCGCGCAUCGUCGUUCGGUGUGCGCGCGCGCGCAUCGUCCGGUGUGCGCGCGCGCAUCGUCCGGUGUGCGCGCGCAUCGUCGUUCGGUGUGCGCGCGCGCGCAUCGUCGUUCGGUGUGCGCGCGCGCGCAGCGUCGUUCGGUGUGCGCGCGCAGCGUCGUUCGGUGUGCGCGCGCGCGCAGCGUCGUUCGGUGUCUCUGUGUACGUGCGCGGCGUGCAUGCAAGCAGUUGUACCCUACUCCAUUCUUUAUAUCAUUUGCACAGAGUUAUUAAACAGAGAAUUUUAAUAACUGGAGCCAAACUGGAAAAACGCUCUGUCAUCUAGGUUUCAAGUCCGGCUGCUUUUUGGCAUAAAUCUGAAAUCGACUUUAGAUUCUCAUUUUAGUAAAUAAGCCCAGCAGUCUUUAAGGAGGUGAUAUUACACCCUACAUUAGGCAUUAAAGUAACUGAAUUACUAUUGCACUCUAAUGGUUUAAAAGUGGUACUACAUUCACUUUUCAUAACCCUCACAGUUACAAGAAAAGGGAAGAUUUAUUGCGGCAAAAUCCGGGGCUAUACUGGGGAAAAGCGCUAAAUAAUUAGCAGUCAUCAUGGAAAUGAACAGAAUGUCUCCCAACAUAGCACCCUGCCUUGACAGAUCUCCACCAUACAUUUAAGGAAAGCCGUUAAUGUGGAGUUAUGGAAUAUUGAAUACACUGUCCUCUACUCUGAAAAGCUCUGUUAUAUUUACUGUUUCACCUGUGCAACUCACAUUAUAUGCACAUAGAAACAUAGAAUGUGACGGCAGAUAAGAACCAUUCGGCCCAUCUAGUCUGCCCAAUUUUCUUAAUACUUUCAUUAGUCCCUGGCCUUAUCUUAUGGCUAGGAUAGCCUUGUGCCUAUCCCACGCAUGCUUAAACUUCUUCACUGUGUUAAAGGAACACUAUAGCGUUAGUUGACUAGGGCCCCGUUCCGCAGCAAAUAAAUGGUUAAGCAUCAUACAGUGCUUACCUUAAUCCAGGGCCGGGCUCCCUUGGCACUGGUGACAUCUCCUUCUCCAUCUACGUCAGCUCCCAAGUGGGGUCGAAUGCGCAUGCACGUCCAGAUCCCAUGGGGACCUUUUUUGAUACUGGACUCCGUGGGGACGUCCAGCGUCUUCUCAUUGUGAUUUUCUCAGUGUAAAUCGCGGAAGUGCCUCUAGCGGCUGUCAGUGAGACAGCCACUAGAGGCUGGAUUAACCCUCAGGGAAACAUAGGAGUUUCUCUGAAACUGCUAUGUUUUCAGCUGCAGGGUUAAAACUAGAGGGACCUGGCACCCAGACCACUUCAUUCAGUUGAAGUGGUCUGGGUGCCUAUAGUGGCCCUUUAGCCUCUUAUAUAAUAUAUCUUACAUAAUAUGCACUUUUUGUUAAAUCUUUUUAUUUCUCUCAUUUUGCUAACCUUAUAGUUUGUGCUGAGGUUUUGUAGUAAAUGUAAAGUUUUUUAAGAUGCAUAUCCUUACACGGCCACGCAUACCGCAAUACUAAUCUCCAUGACUCUAUAUAUACUGUCUUUUCUCAGAAAACUGUGUACGGUGCCAAUGUGGUGAUAUUUGAAGGAAUUUUGUCUUUUGCCAACAAGGAGCUCCUUAAGGUUAGAUUGAAAUAAUCCACACAGCCUCUAGGCUGCUGUAUCUGGGUGCCCUCUCUGCCAGUCUCUUAACCUGUCCUGGCAUUUCCCUCCGCAGCUCCUGGAUAUGAAGGUGUUCGUUGAUACAGACUCUGACAUCCGGUUGGUGCGCAGACUGAAGCGUGACAUCACAGAAAGAGGCCGUGACAUUGUUGGCGUCAUCAAACAAUAUAACAAAUUUGUGAAGCCCGCAUUUGAGCAAUAUAUAGAGCCCACAGUCCAACUGGCGGAUAUUGUGGUGCCGAGAGGUGUGUAGUCAUUUGUCAGCAUGAUGAUUUAAAAAUGUGAGUGUUCUGUUUCUCCUUGUAUCCCUGAUCCAGGAGGAAGUGCCCAGAUCAGGUCUGUAACGGAUCCCCUAGCCCCCCGACUGGGUACCUCCAUUGAAGGAUGCUCCUAGCACUUCCUGAGGGCUCCAAGCACUGCAGCAGAGACCAUAACCACUGAAGACCCCACGAAUCGCCACAGCUUGGUUGGGGUCUCGCUGUCUCCUACCCACUCUGGACCUACGACAAGGCUCCAGGUUCCAGUGGGUGAACCCAUCUUUCCUCAGAGAGCAAAGCAGGAACAAGCUCUUAAAAGAGCUUAGUGAUUAUCCAAGGGAGUAUAACAAGCAUAGCAAUCCCUUGUAGCUGUUUACCCCAAUAAGAGACAGGACUCUAAAUUGAGGGUGAAGUAGAACUGGUUUCAUGAGCGCAAAGACAUUUCUUAUAUACAGUUUUCCCCACAAGGUUAGGUGGAGCACAGGACACAAAGUCACAACAGCCAAUCAACACAGUAUUGUACGGUUAGACACUCCCAGCUAAUGUACACAAACCCUCUGCCUGUGAUACAAUUACCAAACACAAUAGACUAACUCAAUUACCACAGGCAGAAAAUAUAAAUUUUUACCCAAAGUCCAGAAACACCCCAAAACAAUAAAUCCCCAUAAAUCCUACAUCCCUGGAUAGCCCUGAUCUGGGUGAACAACAUAUCCAAAAAUCACCCAGGUCAGAGCAGGGGUUCAAAGGUUUUAUGGAAGUCACAUUUGACCGACCGCAAGCAUGGCUUUCAUGCCCAAAACAGUUCCACAGAUGUAGGCUGUGCAGCCGGUCUAUCUUCUCCUCUAUCCUGGAGAUAAUUGGCUUAAGUGACUGUGGUAUCUUAAUUAUCUCCAGUAACAGGAAAUAUCUCUAAGUCAAAAACUACAUAAAAAUACAUAAAUAUUAUAAUACAAUGUUUAACCUAUAUGUCCAACAUAUCCCCAGAUAGCUUGGAUCUGAGCGCUCAAUAUGUCCGAAAAGCGCUCCGAUCUCACAAAUACAGUUGGAUCGCCAUGGGAUUAAACAAUAGCAAGGGCUGAUGAGAGAUUGAGGAGGGACAAAGCAGCCAGUUUCAACUGGUCUGGCAGUGUCCCUGGGACAACGCCCUGCUGGAGAAACAAUAGGAUAAGAAAAAGGGGGAGGGGAAGAGGCACAUUUUCUCCUUUAUUUAAAGGGGCAGAAAGAGUGUAUUAAAAUCCUAUAAGCCCAAAUAGGGUUUUUAAAUGGCAAUACCCCCAGGGGCCAUAGUCACAGUGCAGGAGGCAGACAAGCAGGCCCCUCCAAAAACUCAUGGCAAACUCUCUUAAAAAGAGGAGUUUGUCACAAGGUCAUAGCCCAGAGAUUCCAACAAACAUUAUAUUUCACUUUCCAAAAUGAUCUGUGCUAGUUGAGCUCAGGCUGCAGGGACAUUAUCCCAGUUUACUUCUAUUAUCCACAGCAGUGUACACACUGAUCAGCCACAGCAUAAAAACACCUGCCUAAUACCACAUAGGUCCCCCUUGUGCUGCCAAAACCGCUCUGGUGCGUCAAGUCAAGGACUCCACAAGACCUCUUAACGUGUACCUUAGUAUCUAUAACCAAGACAUUAGCAGCAAAUCCUUUACGUCCUGCAAGUUGUGAGAUGGGGCCUCCAUGGAGCGGAUUAUUUGUUUCACCUCGUUCCACAUCUUGCCUUGGCCUCCAAAUUCCCCAGGUCUCAAUCCGAUUGCUGAAAAAGGCCCCUGUCAUCAGAGUAAUGCUAUGGCCAGGAAUGGGUGCAUGGGGUCUGCAACAGUUCGCACAAAAGAUUGCUAGUAAAACUGAAAUCAGUUGGCUUAGAUUAAAAAAAUAGUUUUUCAAUAGAACCCUGGCUUACAGGUAGAGUACAGAGAGUAGUUGUAAAUGGAAAAGGUGGUAAGUAGAGUGCCUCUGACACAUAACGAGGCAAGACAAUACCGUCUGAACACUGUACAGAGGGAUUUGGAAUAGUGCACAAGUAGCUUUUUUUCUUUGUAUUUUUUGUUUGUAUCGGGGCUGAUGUAUACUGUAGUCAUUGCUGCUGCCCAGAAACAGUAGGCAUUUGAAGCAGGGCUUAAUUUUGUAUGUUUGCUCCUUGAUCCAUUUCUGAGGUUCAUGUCCCCAUUGAAGGUGCUUCUUCACGGGCACUCUGACCGGUCUGCAGCUACGCAGCCCCAUACACAGCAACCUGCAAUGCACUGUCUGUUCUGACUCCUUUUUUUUUUUUUUUAUUGUGGCCAAUAUAAUCACCAAAACAACCACAGCUUACUUGAGCAGUUUUGGUGUAUAUAUCCUGACUUACUGCCUAAUUCUCUGCUAUUUAAGAGGGAAAUCACUUUGUCUAUACAGCCCUAGUCACACCUCCCUCCAUGUGACCUACACAGCCUUCCUAAACACUUCCUGUAAAGGGUCAUCUAUGUUUAAACAUCCUUUAUUGCAAAUUCUGUUCAGUAUAACAUUUCUCAUCUCCUGCUAUGUUAGUAGCUUGUUAAACCCUGCAGGAGUCUCCUGUGUGUGAUUAAACUUCAAUUUACAAAACAGGAGGUAAAAAUUUAACAUGCUGUGUGAAUCACAGCCAAGGGAGGCGUGGCUAGGGCUGCAUGGACAGAAACAAAAGGGAUUUAACUCCUAAAUGACAGAUAAUUGAGCAGUAAGACAGCAGGGACAUGAUCUAUAUACCAAAACCACUUAGUUAAGCUAAAGUUGUAUUGGUGACUAUAGUGUUCCUUUAAGUUUUUUAGCAAUUUGAGCUACAGUAGCUCUUCUGUGUGAUCGGAUCAGACAGACUAGCCUUUGAUCCCCACGUGCCUUGGGAAACUGUGACUCUGAUGCCGGUUUUUAGGUUGUCCUUCAUACCAGGAACACCCCACAAGACUUGUCCUUUUGGAGAUGCUCUAGAUGUCUAGCCAUCACUAUUUGGCCCUUGUCAAUCUCAUUCAGAAUUUUUCGCUUGCCCAUUUUCCUGCUUCCAACACAUGAAAUUCAAGAACUGACUGUUCACUUUCUGCCCAAUAUAUCCCACCCCUUGACAGGUUACAAUCAAUGUUAUUCACGUCAUCGGUCAGUGGGUUUACUGGUGGUGCUGAUCAGGGUACAUCCUCUUACUGCACAUAGUUCAAUACAUACACACCAGAGUGACCAAAUACCAGGAAAAUUAAUACAAAUGAAAACUUCUGAGCAAGUCUGAGAAUUGACAGGCGAAACCAUUUAAUCUGUUGCCUUCACAAGCCUGCUGCUUUUGUGGUGUUGGGAGCCCCAUUCGGUUGUAGAACCCGGAGUUGUGACUGAGGGAUUUCCAGGGACUGCUCGUUGGUGGCCAACAUCGACAAAGCGAUUUCAUUUCAUUAUUUAUAGGUUUUGUUUUAGAUUGACGUAAUACUUUAAUUGUGGCAUGAUUUUUAUUUUAUGCUUUUUUUUUUUAUGUUCUGGAUCUGCAUAACCUCUAAGAUCAUACUGGAUGUUUUUUUUUGUUUGAGGAAUGUGUGGGUAUAUGUAUAAUUUUUAGUCCUUUUUACUAGUAUCCGGGUCCUCUGGUAAUUAUAUAUUUGAUCAAUUCUAAGAUGGUCGCCUCCACACUGAAACACGAACAGAUCUUUUACUGGGGUCCCGCUGUGCGGGCUGCAAUGAUCGCGCUGUGCGGGCCCCCGGGGGCACCAACAGAGUGCCAUCCAUCAUGGAUAUCAUUGACAACAAGCAGCAUUUCUGAUGGAGACGAUAAUAGAGGGUUAAAUGCGCCAACUGAUCCCUUCUGUUCCAUUAGAUAAUACUGGACAGGACAGCUCUCAUGGACUGUUACAUGCAAAUGCACAUCAUUAAGGUGUAUUAUGUCUGUGUUUAUGUCUUGUAGGAGGAGAGAACUUUGUGGCUCUGGAUUUAAUUGUUCAACAUGUACACAGCCAGCUGGAGAAGGUAACACUUUAUAAACUGGAACGAUGCAGAUACCCUGGGUGUCUGGCAAUUAGGACACCUGUGGUAUAUUAUCUAGGGAUACAGGGGGGGAUUGUAUGGGGUGGUGGGGGUGGCGGGUAUUGGAUCUGGGAAAGAUUACCCAUGGGGGGUGGGGACAGGUAUGGGAUUUGGAGACAGAUUAUCCAGUGAGAUGGGCAGGUAUAGAAUUUGGGGUAGAUUAUCUGGGGGGAAGGUAUAUAAUUUGGGGUAGAUAAUAAUUUGGGGUAGAUUAUUCAGGGGUGGUAUAUAAUUUGGGAUAUAAGCUGGGUGGGCGCAGCUAUGUAAUUUGGGGUACAUUAUGCAGAGUGUGCUGGGACAGUGUAGAAUUUGGGCUAGAUUACCCAAAGUGAGAGAUAGUGGGUAGUAUAGUAUUUGAGGUAGACUAUCCAGAAAGAGAGGGCAGGUAUAUUAUAUUGGGUACUUAACUAGGGAAGGUACUGCUUUGAUAGAUUUACUGCCUCUGCAUAAUCAGCUGUGUCAGCGGCAGAGUUAGACUUUAGGGUCUGAUCUGCUCUGUGGAUUGCAUGUCUGACAGUAACCUCUGUGUUUUUGCCCCUUCCCCAUCUCUCUGUUUUUAUUUUAUUUUCAUUUGUAACUUUUUUUUUUUUUUUUGCAUCUCCUUGCCCUCAUAUCGCUUUUCACCCAAUAACAUAUUUCUCCUUUCCUGUUAAUCCCUUUACCACCUUUUCUUUUCCUUUUUGGUCCGUACCCCUGCAUCUCUAAUUACUUCCUACGUGUUGCUGUGACCUUUAACCUGUGGUUGUCGAUGAGUCAGCGGGAGAUCACAGUGAGGUAGGCAUCUGAUUGGUAAACCUGUCAUGUGUCGUUAGUAGGGGAGAGAGCAUAGACCUUCUACUGAAAAAACACAAACUAUUGUCAUUACUGGGGUGGAGCAUCUAGACCUCCUGUCGGGGGAACCAGUCCUAUUGUCAUUACUGGGGAGCACAUAGACAUAUUAUUGGAUAACCUGCCUUAUUGUCAUUACUGGGGUGGAGAACCUAAACCUAUUAUUGGGGAACCUGUCCUAUUGCCAUUACUGGGAUGGAGCACCUAGACCUAUUAUUGGGGAACCUAUCCUAUUGUCGUUACUGGGGUCAAACACCUAGACCUCCUAUCAGGGAACCUGUACUAUUGUCAUUACUGGGAUGGAGCACCUAGACCUUCUAUUGGGGAACUUGUCCUAUUGUCAUUACGGCGAUGGAGUACCUAGACCUAUUAGUAGCAAAACUGUCCUAUCGUCAUUACUGGGAAGGAGCACCUAGACCUCCUUUGGGAACCUGUCCUAUUGCCAUUACUGGGAUGGAGCACCUAGAUCUAAUAUUGGGGAACCAGUCCUAUUGCCAUUAUUGGGAUGAACAACGUAGACCUCCUAUGAGAGAACCUGUCCUAUUGUCAUUACUGGGAUCGAGCACCUAGCCCACCUGUAGGGGAACCUGACCUAUUGUCAUUACUGUGAAGGAGCACCUAGAGCUGUUAUUGGGGAACCUGUCCUAUGGUCAUUACCUGGGUGGUGUACCUAGACCUAUUAUUGGAGACCCUGUCCUAUUGUCAUUACUGGGGUAGAGCACCUAGAUCUCUAAUGACUUAGGUGGAUGAACAUUUUCAUGACUUGGUAGAGCACCUAGACCUAUUAUUGGGGAACCAGUCCUAUUGUCAUAUUGCGGUAGAUUACAUCAUCCUUGAAUGUGAGAAUGUGUCCUAUAGCCAUUGUUGGAGUAGAGUGCUAGACUUUACUUUGGGGAAUGUGUACUACAGUCAUUAGUGGAGUGGACUGCCCAGCCAUGGAUUUAGGGAGAGUGUCCUGUAAUCAUUUGUAGAGCACUAGAUUAAAUAGAUUGGGGGACCUGGAGUGGAAGCAGUGAUGGGGUAAAAUUCCCUGUGUAACAGGAGGUUUGCAGCCAUGUGUUGGCAUUGCCUGGAUUUUACGCUUUUUUUUUUUUUUUCCCAGAUGUGAAUUCUCUGUAUGUUUGUGUGAAAUAUAUUAAUUGAAACCCAAUUUUCCUGUACACGGCUGGAUGAAUCUGGCUGCAGGUAUCGUGUAUAGACAUGUGCAGUACAGACUGACCGCAUGUUGUUUUUCAUGUAACUCUCAAAGGUAUUCCUGUGUAUUCAGGGCACGACUUUCUCUUUAUUCGUAGAAAAAUAAUGCAUCUGAACUGUCAUCUUCCCUGUCUUUUCCUUCUGAAUCCCUGUAACCCUAUCCUAAUCUGUUCUUUUUAAUCAGAGCCCCAUAUGUUGUCUCCUCCAACACCCUUUAACACUCUGUCCUGUACCUCCACCUAGUGACUGCUCUCUUCAGUCAAUUGUCUUACUCCGUAGUGACUGCUUUUUUUACCCCUAAGCUGUGUCCUUGUGAUUGAGUCCUACCUUCUCCUUUCUCUUCUUUUUGUGACUGUGGCUCAUUUUCCUGGUCUUUCCUGUCCACAACACCAUAUUUCGCAGAGGAUGCAACGCUGGAACAUGUGAGAGCUCCUGCUUGUUGUUUAAUUGCACGGGUGUUGCAAACGGAUUUGGGUGCUGGGUCCUGAUUGUGCACCAUGUAUCUUUGUGGACUUUGUGUGUCCAGAUUGAGGGCCAUGUGUGAAGUCCUGGUGUGGUUCUGUCAGACCUUCAGUGAAACAAUUUAGAAAGUCAACUGACGUGGUAUAUAAUCCCAAAAUAAAUUGUGGCCACUGCUAAAAUUGCAAUAAAAUUUUAACUUUUAUUUAUGUCCUAAAAAUUUAAACUUUUCAAACUACUUUAACCCCUUAAGGACCAAACUUCUGGAAUAAAAGGGAAUCAUGUCACACGUCAUGUGUCCUUAAGGAGUUAAACUUGACAAGCUACAUGAAAAGUGCCCAUGUGGCAACCCUGCUUAACCAGUGACAUUACCUCAGGUUCUCUCUGCUGUGAUGGUAUUGGCUGAGGGCCAUGGCUUCAUAAUGAUGUUGACUGAGGUUUCUGGCUGUGUGGUGGUGUUGGUUGAGCUUUUAGAUUGUGAUGAUAUGAGAGUCCUGGCUGAAGAAUUGACGAUGUUGGCUGAGGGUCCUGUCUUAGUGAUUGUCAACGAUGGCUGAGGGUCCUGGCUAAACGAUUGAUGUUAGCUGAGGAUCCUGGCUGAAUGAUUUCCGAUAUUGGCUGAUGGUCCUGGCUGAACGAUUGACAAUGUUGGCUGUGGGUCCUGGCUGAAUGAUUGACAAUGUUGGCUGUGGGUCCUGGCUGAAUGAUUGACAAUGUUGGCUGUGGGUCCUGGCUGAAUGAUUGACAAUGUUGGCUGAGGGUCCUGGCUGAACGAUUGACAAUGUUGGCUGAGGGUCCUGGCUGAACGAUUGACGAUGGCUGAGGGUCCUGCCUGAACAAUUGAUGAUGAUGGCUGAGGGUCCUGGUUGAACGAUUGACGAUGUUGGCUGAGGGUCCUGGCUGAAUGAUUGACAAUGUUGGCUGUGGGUCCUGGCUGAAUGAUUGACAAUGUUGGCUGAGGGUCCUGCCUGAACGAUUGACGAUGGCUGAGGGUCCUGCCUGAACAAUUGAUGAUGAUGGCUGAUGGUCCUGGCUGAACGAUUGACAAUGUUGGCUGUGGGUCCUGGCUGAACGAUUGACAAUGUUGGCUGUGGGUCCUGGCUGAAUGAUUGACAAUGUUGGCUGUGGGUCCUGGCUGAAUGAUUGACAAUGUUGGCUGUGGGUCCUGGCUGAAUGAUUGACAAUGUUGGCUGUGGGUCCUGGCUGAAUGAUUGACAAUGUUGGCUGAGGGUCCUGGCUGAACGAUUGACAAUGUUGGCUGAGGGUCCUGGCUGAAUGAUUGACAAUGUUGGCUGAGGGUCCUGCCUGAACGAUUGACGAUGGCUGAGGGUCCUGCCUGAACAAUUGAUGAUGAUGGCUGAGGGUCCUGGCUGAAUGAUUGACGAUGUUGGCUGAUGGUCCUGGCUGAACGAUUGACGAUGUUGGCUGAUGGUCCUGGCUGAACGAUUGACAAUGUUGGCUGUGGGUCCUGGCUGAACGAUUAACGAUGUUGGCUGAGGGUCCUGCCUGAAUCAUUGACGAUGAUGGCUGAGGGUCCUGGCUGAACGAUUGACGAUGUUGGCUGAGGGUCCUGGCUGAACGAUUGACGAUGUUGGCUUGGGGUCCUGGCUGAACGAUUGACGAUGAUGGCUGAGGGUCCUGCCUGAACGAUUGACGAUGAUGGCUUAGGAUGAUGGCUGAGGGUCCUGCCUGAACGAUUGACGAUGAUGGCUUAGGAUGAUGGCUGAGGGUCCUGGCUGAACGAUUGACGAUGUUGGCUGAGGGUCCUGGCUGAACGAUUGACGAUGUUGGCUGAGGGUCCUGGCUGAACGAUUGACGAUGUUGGCUGAGGGUCCUGGCUGAACGAUUGAUGUUGGCUGAGGGUCCUGCCUGAACGAUUGACGAUGGCUGAGGGUCCUGCCUGAACAAUUGACGAUGAUGAUGAUGGCUGAGGUCCUGGCUGAACGAUUGACGAUGUUGGCUGAGGGUCCUGGCUGAACGAUUGACAAUGUUGGCUGUGGGUCCUGGCUGAAUGAUUGGUUGGCUGUGGGUCCUGGCUGAAUGAUUGACAAUGUUGGCUGUGGGUCCUGGCUGAAUGAUUGACAAUGUUGGCUGUGGGUCCUGGCUGAACGAUUGACAAUGUUGGCUGAGGGUCCUGGCUGAACGAUUGACAAUGUUGGCUGAGGGUCCUGGCUGAAUGAUUGACAAUGUUGGCUGAGGGUCCUGCCUGAACGAUUGACGAUGGCUGAGGGUCCUGCCUGAACAACGAUGAUGAUGGCUGAGGGUCCUGGCUGAAUGAUUGACGAUGUUGGCUGAUGGUCCUGGCUGAACGAUUGACGAUGUUGGCUGAUGGUCCUGGCUGAACGAUUGACAAUGUUGGCUGUGGGUCCUGGCUGAACGAUUAACGAUGUUGGCUGAGGGUCCUGCCUGAAUCAUUGACGAUGAUGGCUGAGGGUCCUGGCUGAACGAUUGACGAUGUUGGCUGAGGGUCCUGGCUGAACGAUUGACGAUGUUGGCUUGGGGUCCUGGCUGAACGAUUGACGAUGAUGGCUGAGGGUCCUGCCUGAACGAUUGACGAUGAUGGCUUAGGAUGAUGGCUGAGGGUCCUGGCUGAACGAUUGACGAUGUUGGCUGAGGGUCCUGGCUGAACGAUUGACGAUGUUGGCUGAGGGUCCUGGCUGAACGAUUGACGAUGUUGGCUGAGGGUCCUGGCUGAACGAUUGAUGUUGGCUGAGGGUCCUGCCUGAAUGAUUGACGAUGAUGGCUGAGGGUCCUGCCUGAACAAUUGACGAUGAUGGCUUAGGAUGAUGGCUGAGGGUCCUGGCUGAACGAUUGACGAUGUUGGCUGAGGGUCCUGGCUGAACGAUUGAUGAUGUUGGCUGAGGGUCCUGCCUGAACGAUUGACGAUGAUGGCUGAGGGUCCUGCCUGAACGAUUGACGAUGAUGGCUGAGGGUCCUGCCUGAACGAUUGACGAUGUUGGCUGAGGGCCCUGGCUGAAGGAUUGACGAUGAUGGUGGCUGAGGGCCCUGGCUGAAGGAUUGACGAUUAUGUUGGCUGAGGGCCCUGGCUGAAGGAUUGACGAUGAUGUUGGCUGAGGGUCCUGGCUGAAGGAUUGACGAUGAUGUUGGCUGAGGGUCCUGGCUGAAGGAUUGACGAUGUUGUUGGCUGAGGGUCCUGGCUGAAGGAUUGACGAUGUUGUUGGCUGAGAGUCCUGGCUGAAGGAUUGACGAUGUUGUUGGCUGAGUGUCCUGGCUGAAGGAUUGACGAUGAUGUUGGCUGAAGGAUUGACGAUGAUGUUGGCUGAGGGUCCUGGCUGAAGGAUUGACGAUGAUGUUGGCUGAGGGUCCUGGCUGAAGGAUUGACGAUGAUGUUGGCUGAGGGUCCUGGCUGAAGGAUUGACGAUGAUGUUGGCUGAGGGUCUUGGCUGUGUAAUAAUGCUGAGCGUGCAUGCUGUUGGGUUUAGCCUAUACAGUGCUGAUAAUGUGGACUGUCCUGGCUCAGUUACACUCCAGUCUGUUAUUGUCUCCUGCUGGUCAGAACAACCUGUUUCCGGGGCUUCUGUCUUGCAAAGGAAACUGGUGUUAUUGGAAGUCUGGCUGUAGUAGCCUUGCGUUUUGAGUUGUGGCAUGACAUUCUCAAAUUUAUACCUGCAUGUUCUCUUUAAUUAGUGUGUGUCUUCCUUUUAUUAACAUCAUUCGUAUUUUAUGAAAUGACCACCUCGUUCACAAUCUGGCUUAAUCAUAUAUAUCAUAUAUAUCCAGCUUUCUAUUUCAUCUACCGACAACUGUGCCACAUCUCAGUGACAGACAGAAGGAGCUAUGGGACACGGAGUCUGUCCCUCCCAUUGCAGGGUGACACUCUGAAGGGAGCUAUGGAACACAGAGUCUGUCCUUCCCACUGCAGGGUGACACAGACAGAAGGAGCUAUGGGACACGGAGUCUGUCCCUCCCAUUGCAGGGUGACACUCUGAAGGGAGCUAUGGAACACAGAGUCUGUCCUUCCCACUGCAGGGUGACACAGACAGAAGGAGCUAUGGGACACGGAGUCUGUCCCUCCCAUUGCAGGGUGACACUCUGAAGGGAGCUAUGGAACAGAGUCUGUCCUUCCCACUGCAGGGUGACACAGACAGAAGGAGCUACGGGACACUGAGUCUGUCCCUCCCACUGUGGGGUGUCAACGAUGGCAGAAAUCUGAGAUAUGGAGAUUACUCGGAAUACUGCAAGUUUUUUGUCAGAGUUUCUAAUGAGGAGUAUUCUUGGGCUGCUCUCCCAGAGAUAUGACCUGUUCAUACUAACUUGUGUAGGAUUGUCUCACUCGUCUUGUUUGGGAUACAUUUACCAGAAGUUGCUGUGGGUUUGGUGUGUCUAGUAAGUACUUUCUGGCUCCUGACACUUUCUCUCUAUUUUAGGGCAGCUCUGGCCUCUGCUCACCAAGGGCAGCCCUUGCCUGAGACCCUGAGUGUUCUCCAGAAUACCCCUCAGGUGCGGGGAAUGCACACCAUCAUCAGGUGAGGCCCUCGCUCUGGCAGGCUCUACUCUAUUGCAUCUGUAAUUGUUCUAACCACAUCUCCUUUGGGUUUUAUAGAAAUAAAGACACAAAUCGGGACGAGUUUAUAUUUUACUCCAAACGUCUCAUGCGCCUGCUGAUAGAACACGCACUUUCCUUCCUGCCUCUUCAGGUAAGUAGAAGCACCUUCCAGCUCCCACCGUGGAAGCCCCCUACUCCUUGCACUCGGAUGAUUUCCUGCUUUUUGUUUCUGUCACUCGUAACUAAUUAACAUGAAAUCCUAGCCUCGUUCACCAGCUUGUGAUUACCUCUUCUCCUCUUUCAGCCAGUGACUGUGGAGACUCCUCAGGGAACUUUAUACCAGGGCAAGAGAAUCCACAAACAGAGGGUGAGUACCCAUGAGGGGAACCAGUAGCAGUAGAUACAGUAACUGGAUAACUAAGAGGAGAGACACUAAUUGGGUUUAAAGGGGGAGUCGUAGUAAGUUCAAUGAGUGAGUUAGGAGGUGAUGGCAAUAGAUACAGUAAGUGAAAGAGGGAGGGAAGAUGAUGGCAGUAGGUACAGUAAGUGGAGGGAGGGGAGAAGAUGGCAGUAGAUACAGUAAGUGGAGGGAAGGGAGAAGAUGGCAGUAGAUACAGUAAGUGAUAGAGGGAAGGGAGAAGAUGGCAGUAGAUACAGUAAGUGAUGAAGGGUGGGGAGAAGAUGGCAGUAGAUUACAGUAAGUGAUAGAGGGAGGGGAGAAGAUGGCAGUAGGUACAGUAAGUGAUGGAGGGUGGGGAGAAGAUGGCAGUAGAUUACAGUAAGUGAUGGAGGGUGGGGAGAAGAUGGCAGUAGGUACAGUAAGUGCUGUGGGUGGGGAGAAGAAAGCAGAGUAAUUGGGUGGUAGAUACAGUAAAGUGUCUUGGCUGCUGAGCUUGCACUCUAUGUAUUAUAACUUAAUGUAAUUAUUACCCCUGUACAUAGAUAACAGGGGUGUCUAUUCUCCGUGCUGGGGAGACCAUGGAGCAAGCCCUCACUGCAGUCUGUAAGGACAUCCGACUUGGAAAGAUUCUAAUACAGACAAACCAUAACACUGGAGAGCCUGAGGUGAGAUCCCAGCCCUCUCUUCUUCUUCUAACAUCAGAACAAGUGUGCAUUUUUUUCUUCUAUCUGUACAAUGCAGAAACCACACUGGGAAUAAUCCCCCAUAUAUAG